AUGGAAGGCCUAAGAGCGGUAGCGGAAAAAAAUGUGAAAGCCCGAUCGAGUCGUGCCAAUCUGAUGGGUUGUCUCAGUGAAGAUGACUUCUUGGCCAAAGUGUACUGCCUUCGUAUAGCGUUUUCGGAUCUCUUGUCACACCCACAGGCGAGUCAAUACUUCCGAACCAACGGCGAGAAAAUUAUACGUGACGUUAUACAGAAAGGGGGUGGCCCUGCCAAAGAGUUCUCGCAGCAGUACCACAAAAUGCUCAAGUAUGUCGAUUCAACCGAGUCUAAGCAGAUACUUUCCCAACUCAAGUACCGAAAUGUGGUCGACGUGUCGUUCUACGAUAUAGUACUGGAUUUCAUUGUGCUGGACGCGUUCGAAGACCUCGAUAAUCCACCCGGGACGAUCAUGACUGUUCUCAAUAACAGCUGGAUACCCAAUUCUAUGAAGGAAACGGCUGUGACGAAGGGGAUCGCUGCCAUGAUAAGU